CCGGCCCCGCGCUCGCUGGCCCCGCUUCCGCCCGCUGUCUUUACUUCAAGCAUCCUUCCAGUUUUCCUUUCCUCCCCCCCUUUUGUUGACCCCCUCUCUUCCUGUUGUCGCUUCGGGUGCUCCCCCAGCCGAGCGGAGAUUAAGGAGUGGUCGGGAUGCCCCAACUCUCAGGGGCAGGCGGUGGCGGGGGGGACCCGGAACUCUGCGCCACGGACGAGAUGAUCCCCUUCAAGGACGAGGGCGAUCCCCAGAAGGAGAAGAUCUUCGCCGAGAUCAGUCACCCCGAAGAGGAAGGCGACUUAGCCGACAUCAAGUCCUCCUUGGUAAACGAGUCUGAAAUAAUCCCGGCCAGCAACGGGCACGAGGUGGCCAGACAAGCACAAACCUCGCAGGAGUCCUACCAUGACAAGGCCAGAGAACACCCUGAUGACGGCAAGCAUCCAGACGGAGGCCUCUACAACAAGGGACCCUCCUACUCGAGUUAUUCCGGGUACAUAAUGAUGCCAAAUAUGAAUAAUGACCCAUACAUGUCAAAUGGAUCUCUCUCUCCACCCAUUCCGAGAACAUCGAAUAAAGUGCCCGUGGUGCAGCCAUCCCAUGCGGUUCAUCCUCUUACCCCCCUCAUCACUUACAGCGACGAGCACUUUUCUCCAGGAUCCCACCCGUCACACAUCCCAUCAGAUGUCAACUCUAAACAAGGCAUGUCCAGACAUCCUCCCGCUCCUGAGAUCCCUACCUUUUACCCACUGUCUCCGGGUGGAGUUGGACAGAUUACCCCACCUCUUGGCUGGCAAGGUCAGCCUGUAUAUCCCAUCACGGGAGGAUUCAGGCAACCCUACCCAUCCUCACUGUCAGUCGACACUUCCAUGUCCAGGUUUUCCCAUCACAUGAUUCCUGGUCCACCUGGUCCCCACACAACUGGCAUCCCUCAUCCAGCUAUUGUGACACCUCAGGUCAAGCAGGAGCACCCCCACACUGACGGUGACCUGAUGCACGUGAAGCCUCAGCAUGAACAGAGAAAGGAGCAGGAGCCCAAAAGACCUCACAUUAAGAAGCCUCUGAAUGCUUUUAUGUUAUACAUGAAAGAAAUGAGAGCAAAUGUCGUGGCCGAGUGUACGCUGAAAGAAAGUGCAGCCAUCAACCAGAUCCUAGGCAGAAGGUGGCAUGCCCUCUCCCGGGAAGAACAGGCUAAGUAUUAUGAAUUAGCGCGGAAGGAAAGACAGCUACAUAUGCAGCUUUAUCCUGGCUGGUCCGCAAGAGACAAUUAUGGUAAGAAAAAGAAGAGGAAGAGAGAGAAGCUGCAGGAAUCCACAUCAGGUAGGCACCGUGUGACUUUUCAGUCCAUUCUCAGGCCUCUGACAAACACCUUUGAAGUAGUUUGCAUCUUUCUACACACACUGCUUUAUUCUGCAGCUGUAUCUUGUGAUACUUCAACUCUGCUUUUCCUCCUGAAAUUCUUUAAAGAUGUUUCGGAGACCUUCUUUUCAGUGUGACUUUGUGGAGGCACAUCUGAGGACUCCUUUCCCCACCCGUCACCCAGAGCUCUGGCCAGCUGUGGUGGUUUGUUCUGUUUGGGUUUUGCUUCCAUUGUCUAUGUUCUCUUUGCUUUAUUAACACGUCUGCUCUUCUAUUUGCAUAACUCCUUACAGUAAAAUUGUUAUUAUGAUUCUAUAAUAUGCUCCCUUAUAUCCCCUUGAGAAUCUUUUCUGUGGUUCAGGUUAUUUAAAAAUAUAAAACAUGAUGAUAGGGUUUAUCUUUCCUGUACACUAAUUCAAGGUGUCACUCAGUGAGGUCCGAUUUAUUUCCCCUUUUUCUUUCAUUAAAAGUAAGGCCACUUGUACUUCACAAAUAAAACGGCUGGUAUAAGAACCAUAAAAAGUAAAGCAAACAGUCCACAUGAUGUUGUAGCUACUACGUAUUUGGAAUGUUCAAAACCUCUUCAGUAAAAAUUUGUUAAAGACACAAUUUUCUGCAGGUACAGGUCCAAGAAUGACAGCUGCCUACAUCUGAAACAUGGUAAGAACGACUCUCUGGUCCUACUGCUGACACUAGUUAUGAACAGAGGCACUUGCUUAUGAAUCUCCUUGCUCACUCAGCAUUGCUCCUUUAAAGAGGAAACUCCACCAAAAUCAAAUUAGCGCUUUAAAAACUGAUGGUUUUUAUACCGGCUAUGAAUUUGCAAUAUGGUAUGCGUUUAUCUCUCCCCUUCUUCCCACUUUGCCCUUUAAUCUUUCUCUGUUCCCAUAUCCUUCACUGUCUUCUCAGCCAUUCCUUACUCCAAUGAGUGGCAAAUCUGCCUGUUUAACAAACAAACACCACAGACCAGCAAGCAAAACCAGGUCUUCCUCAGCAAACCCAGGGCCGGGUGCGAGGAGCCAGGCCAUUCUAUCUCAGGACUUGGCACUUUUUGCUCGUUAGAGACUUCUUUUCAAUUGAGACAACAUAUAGGUACUUAAAAGUAAUUUAUUUGUUUCUAGUGAGAAAGAAAGAUGUGCUUUAUUUAUUUUUAAUAUUUUAAAAAUAUGGCAUGGGGACUACUUAACUGUAUUCUGCUAUCAAGUUUUUUCUUUAUUGGUAACCAUUGCUAGAGCUCUCUCUACUAUUUACAAGUAAUAUUUAUUUCAUCCCCUUUUGCUCUAAUUUUACUUUUAACCACAUAACCACCAGUCCAGGGAACCUGGCUUUGUAAUUGAUUUGGUCUCUGCUAAGCUUUAAAUCCACAGUGUGUCUGCAUUUUCUUCCGGUGACAAUUGUUUUCAAAGGAGCCACCUUGGAUUCUGUUCUCUCUCACACAACCACAUCCAGGUGCUGUCCGUUCUGUCUCUUGGGUCUGUCUGGCUUUCCUCUCGAACUCCUCACUGCCAUGGCCCAGCUCAGGAGCACAGACUUGCCAUUGGGUUGUUGCAAUAGCUUUUGUGUCAUUUUCCUGCCUCCAGGCUUGCUUUCGGCCAGCUCCCAGAGGAAUCUGCUCAAACCCAAACUGAUUGUGUCACUUCCUGACUAAAAACAGUCAGUGCUUUUCACCGUCUGAAGG